GGUCCUGCUGGCCGGCGAAAGGAUAGUCUGAAAACUGCAGUUUGCGUGCACGAUGAAAUAGCAGCAACGAUAAUAUCUACAGGGCCACCGUAUCAUAUCUUACGCAUAUGAUGGGCUAUCUUGUUAGAAUCGCAGGGGCGCAGGAAAUCGAUGUGUAAUUUGAUAUUUUUCUAACUGCGGAAAAGAGGGAGCUCUAGAAUGAACAGUUUGUGGACAGGGAAAAGGACGUCUCCUCGUCUCCGACGCUGUCAAUAACACCAGGGAACAGCGAGGGAGGGCUUUCCUGCGCGUGUUUUUGAAUGUAGUCCUGUCCACGAGGCUCACCCACGCCCAGGCCACGCCCCCAGGAGGGCGGGGCUGGCCUACAUUCUGCCUCCACGCAGCUGCGGGACUCGCGCCAGUGGGGAAAGGAAUAAUACAAACUAGGAGGGAUAUCGGCUGAAAUCCACUCGCGGAGCUCACUGGAGAAACACCGGACUGCUAAGGUCUCGAGCAGACGCUUGUGAUGAAAGAAGUUGUUCUUCUGGCAAACAUCUCGGUGGAUGCGGGAAAUAAUAAUAUUAGUAUUUAUUUUAAACAACCGAGGUUCUCGGAAAUCAAGACGUUGAUCCAGUUUCAGAAGCCAUUUCGCAAAGUCGUUGGGAGUUAAUACUUGAAACCACUCGCCUGCUCUGCUGAACCGAGCUAUGCUGGGCGGAUUUCGUGCGUGAAGUGGACGUUCCAUUUUUUUACCGUGGGAGUUAGCAUUUUCCGUCACUCGGACAUGACGCGGAGGGGAGCGGCCGCCGGGCUUGUCUGCUUAUUGUGGGCGGUCUGCGAGUGUCGCCAGGUCACUCUUCCCCCCGGACCCCUGUACCGCGUAGCGGGGUUCCCGCUGUCCCUGCCCUGCUCCGUGACGGGGUACGAGGGGUCCCGCACUCAGGAUUUCGAGUGGUUCCUGAUCCGGGAGGACGCAGGAGGCCGCCAGAUCGGCGUGAUCUCCACCCGGGACAGGAGGUUCCCCUACGCCCCUUUCCAAGCGCGGGUGCGCUCCGGGGAGGUGCGCGUGGAGCGGGACAGCGGCGACAGGGUGCGGCUGGUCAUCCAGAGGUUGCGGCCAGAGGACCAGGGCACAUACGAGUGCUACACCCCCAGCACUGAUGCCCGCUACCAAGGCAACUACAGCUCCAGCGUCCUCGUCAAUGUGAUCCCCGACACGCUCCAAGUCAGCCACACCUCCUCCCGCUCCCUGAGUGGCCAGGCCCUGACCGAGGGGGCGGAGCUGCAGCUGACAUGCUCCGCCUCCGUGCAGUCUCAGCAGCACACCCACGUGUCCGUCACCUUCGGCGUGCGGGGGGCGGGGGAAGGAGCCGGGGGCAGCCCGGCGGGGGGGCACAACCUCAGGGAGGUCAUCUCCAUCGACAAGCACCUGAGCGUGGUCCCCGGGAGGGGAGGGGAUUACGAGAGGCGGUACACGGACGGGACGGUGUCGCUGGAGAAGAGGAGCGAGGGGGAGCAGGACCAGUACGUGAUGCGGAUCAGCUCUGUGGUGCCCAGCGACACUGGGUCCUUCUUCUGCGAAGUGAUCCAGUGGAUCCAGGAUCCCCAGAUGACCUGGCAGAGGAUUGCCCAGAGAACCCUGGAGCUGGGAAAUGUCACCGUCCAGCCUUUAGCGGACUCCCUGACAGUGACCACCUUGCCAGAAGGGGAGGUGUCCCUCUCAGCAGGAUCUCCUCUCAGCCUGUCCUGUGAAGUGGGCGGGAUUAGCCCAUCGUCCCGCCCCUCCCUGCUCGUCCAAUGGCUGCGGCGGGCAGCCGACAGGGGGGCGGAGCUGGAAGUCGCCCGCAUGGGUUCCGACGGGGUGGUGACCUGGGGCGAUGACGUCAGCAGGAGGGGCGGGGCCUCCCUGGAGAAGGAGGCGGAGGGGCGGUACUCUCUGCGGCUGUUUUCCGCCCACCCCGCCGAUGCGGGGAUCUACCGUUGUGCGGUUAGCGUCUACACCGGCCGGACGCCUGGCACGAGCAGCCCUGCGGCGAGCCAGAGGUCCAAUGGGGUCACUGUCAGCCUGAGGAUGAAAGAGGUGCGAGUGGAGGCAGAGGUGGGGCUCGCCCGGGGACCCCCCCUCCAGCGGGGCCACACCGUCUCGCUGCUGUGCAACGUCACCACGGUGACCUCAGGCCCCGCCCAGGUGGAGGUGCACUGGCUGAUGACCAGGGAAGAAGGGGAGGGGCCGGCGGAGCCCGCUCUGGUGGCUGUGCUGGCGCACGACGGCACCUCCCGUCUCCACGGCAACAACAGUGACAUCAGCGUGGACCGCCCCUCCCCCAGCUGCUACAGGCUGAGAGUCCACAAAGCAGAGGCCGAGGACCAGGGGCUGUACCAGUGCCACGUGGAGGUGUGGGGGCAGGACCCACACGGGGGCUGGUACAACACUGGGGCGCGCUCCACUUCGCAGCCUGCGCGCGUUUACAUGUACGCCCGGGCCGGCGACUUGCUCCUCAUCCCUUUCGUGGUGGGCGUGUCCUCGGCCCUCUUGGUGGGCGUCGGCAUCGUCGCCUCGGUGACCUGCUGCUUCCUGAACCGAUUGGCUAAGCAGCGCCGCAAAACCUAGCAGGAGAACAGAUGACAUUGGCUGGGGAGAGGCAGGGCAGAGUCGGCACCCUUUGGAACGGCAGCCAGCGUUUUCAAGGCAUUCUGCUCUGCCGUGAAGGAAUCCCAAGGAAUUCUCCAGCAUUUCAGUGGCAGUUCGCCCUCCAAUUCUGGAAUCUGAAGGAAUUCUCAAGCAUUUGCACUCCGAUUCAGGAAUCCGAAUGUAUUCUCCAGCAUUUUCAUGGCAGCUUGCACUACGUUUUAAGGGAUCUGAAGGUCUUCUGAGGAAUUCUCUGGCAUUUGUCCUGUUUUGCUCUUUGCAUUUUGCUCUCCAGUGAAGGAAUCCAAAGCACUUACAAAUUCCCUGACUGGGCCAAUGACUGAGCUCAGGUAACCCACAGCAGCCAGGCACGUGGAAGGACAGUCAGAUGCUUGUCCACUAGUCUGUCACGCUUGUCCACACUGUAGCUGGACAGAGGGACAGUCCCUAUAGCGCACGGGACACGAAUCCGCCCAGAAACGUUUUCACUUUGGAAUCGUGCUCCUUCCUGUCACUCUCCAGUCUUCGAGUUCAGCGCGUACAGGGUCACCGCGCACUCCAAAACGAGAGACGUGAUGACGUUACUGGUGCACCUCCGUCCCCGCUCCCCGCCCCAGAGGAUGAACCACUGUAGAAACUGUGGUUUUCUUUUCAAAACCGAAACGAUCCGAUUUUUAGUUCUGUGCUUUUUUGUUUUGUUUUUGAACAGAUACGUAUCGCGUCUUUCACGCAAGGAGGAAGGCCACCUUCCUCAGCCUGCACUUCCCGUGUGACUGUUUACAGGGCCCCAAAGGCACUACGAACCUCUAAAUAUUGUUGGACGAACAAAUGGGAUGUUGCAGCCAUUGAAGCUAGUGCAGGAAGGUUUCAGUUGUCUGUAGUAGAAAUGUCCGCUUUCGUAAGGAAGUUCUAGGCCGGCUCUUCCCCUUGCUGGUCUCCGUUGUCGGCUGGUUCUCGUUCCACCUGAGCCUGCAAUUGCUCCAUUCAGCUGAUUCGCUUGGUUGGAACGUUGCUUGUUUUCAGCUCUUGCACUGCUGCUAUUCUGACCAAUGUGUUCUGUAGGCGGCCAGUCUCAGUGCUAGACUGAUUUUGUUUUAAAACAAAAGUCUUGACUUCUAAGUUAUAAAUGUGUGUAGGUCAUUAAGACCUCGGCUUGUAACUGGUGUUUUCUAAGAGUUUGUAAAGGUGGAGAGAAGGAGCGGCCAGUUCUGACUCUUCCAGUCCAGGCAAUUCCAGGGACUUUGGUUCCUUUAAUUCAUUUAAUUACUGAAUUGAUCCUGAAUUGCUUGAUUGACUUGAGUGCUGAAAUUCAGUUUGACUGGUCUUUGGUCAUUUCACCUGUCAUUUAAGUCAUUGAAAUGAGAUAAUUAUUUGGGUAAGCGGUCAGGUCACCUUUUUUAGGUCUUAAUCGGUUGCUGAUUAAAACGAACCUGUAAAAUAAUGUUCCCUCACUACUAAGUCACGGAACUCUUAACUGGUUAACUGGUUUUCCAAGCUUACAGGCAUUGAGGGGUAAGAGUCCCCAAUAAAACUUGGUGGUCCUCCAGGACAAGGAGGGGGGAUUCCUGUUGAAUAUAUCACAGGAAUUGACCAUGGCAGGUAUGGACACAUUUGAAGGAUAUAGCAGUGGAAUUCAGAGAACAGCAGUGCAUGCUUUAAGACUUAAAACAAGCAAGGCUGAAGGCUGUCUUGAGAAUACACUUAUCACAAUAAACAGAACAUUCCUUCAGGACAAUAAUUUAAAAAAGACUGAAAGCUCCCUUAAAAGCAUCCUUGCUUUGAAAAAAGUAAUGAGUGAUAUUGUUUACACAGUAUGAAUACAUACACAGAUGCCAUGUGUAAUCUUUUAAUCUACUACCCCUGAAGCCUGAAAUACUGAGCACAGCUAAAAGCCACUUGCUAGCCAGUGACCCAGCCAGCUUGGGUCUUGUGAUUCCAGAAACUGUCAAAACAGUUCUAUGAUCCAAAGGUCAUGCCUUUCAAUGGUGUGUCUAGCACAGAAACACACUACAGCCUGAUUUCCUUGAGGCCAGCAGGUUUUAUUCCUGAAGUCUUUUAAGACGAUGGCAUUAAUGCUGUGAAUUUAACAGUGGCUUUCCAAACCUCAGCCCCCUCUUGGCUAGGUUUUAAAUGGCAGGGUUUAAUUAAAUUGAACACUUUAAUUAAAACUGCAUGCCUUCUAUUUUUUGCCCUUUCAGUUACUGGCAGUGCACACAUGUAUUUCAUUUUUCUAUGCUUGUGAUGUUGAUGUUUGUGAGCUUAGAGCAUUGAGUUUCAUAUGGAGAGCUGUUGACAGGGGCUAGCCUUAACAUCUGUGUGAACUGAAUCAUUUCACUGGACAUGCAGAGCUCUGACUACAUGCAGUAAAUGUAGACAUUUCCUUUGAUCUUAUUGUACAUCUUCAGAGUAGCUGUUACCCCCGCAGUUUUCAGAAUUGUUUUUAGAGUGUUUCUGUUGGAAAUUGGCUGGUCCUCCAUGGGGGGUUCAUUAGCCAAUGCAACUGAAUUUAAAGAACAUUUUAUUUUAAUGGUAUCUAUAAAACACAGGUCUAUGAAGUUGACAUGAUGCUGCCGGUGAAAAUAUGUGGUUUCUUUAUUUUUACAGCACUGUUUAGUGAUGAAUUGUGUUUUUUUUUAAAUUUGUAAACGUUUUUUUAAAUUACAAAAACUUGUUCAGUUUUUUUUUUUCCCAUUGUUGUCAUUCAUUGUUUGCAAAUGUUGAGAAAUCGGAAUAAAAUCCUGUUGGAAGAAAAUAUGA